GUUUAUUUCCGAAAUAGAUCAGAUAAAUUGUGUAAUUAUAACCACCUUUUUUAAAAUUAAGACAAUAAAUGUUUAAUUUAUUUUAAAUUAGACAUUAAUACUACUGUUUGUUCAAACAUUUGAUCAGAAAGUUUGUAAGAUUUUGGUAAGUUAAUCAUUGUAGCUUAAGAGAACAAUCAAUCGAAAUAAAGGUGCACGCCGCCGAGAGACUAGAAAAGGGAUAGGUAGCUGUGUAGGUACUGGUAACGAGGCACACACUUACACACUCAUAAAUUCAUGGCAAAUUAUACACUAAAACUUUGUUUGUGUUGUGCUUGUUGUUCUGCGUACGGGCAUCAAGCUAAUAACCGCUCAAUUUUAGUAGUUUAUUAUGUUACCCUUAUAAAGUAAUUGAGUAAUUUGAAUUACAAACUAAUGUAAUUUAAAUUACUUCGGACGUAAGUAAUUGAAUUACAGUAAUUUCAAAUACAUAUAAUUUCAAUUAAAGUAAUUCAAUUACAAAAGUAAUUAAUUACGCCCAACACUGAUCACACACAACUAGAGGUCCCCUGAGGUUUCACCCGCGUCAAUUUGAAUAAAAUGGUUUAUAGUGAGUCAAACUUAAAAUAUGGACAUAGGCUGUAUAGUGGACUUUUUACAAAACUUUUAAAGGGGAAGAAUACAUGAUUUUUGUGUAACUUUAACCGUUUACCCAGCGUACGCAACGGAAUCUCACAAAUGAAAUGUUUUUAUCCGUUUUUGCAACAUUUUUCAUCGAUGCUUCGCUACUACUAGGUCGUAGCCUGGUAAUAUAUGGCUUAGCCUUUCUCGAUAAAUGCACUGACCGAUACAAAAAGAUUUUUUCAAAUCCGAACAGCAGAGCAAUGUUGCAUUCGGUACAACGGGUCCUAAACUGCGCAACGAUUUUUUUGCUUAGAAUAGAAGGUUUAUAAUUGUUAUGAAGAAAGUCAUUGGUGUCGAUUCUAGCGUGAUUCUCUAAACUUAAAACUAAAUUUAACAUCAGUCUCUCCUCUUCAUUCUGUAUAGAGAACAGGGAUACACUGUUGUCAAAUUUAAUUUUAGCUUAAGAGCAUAAUGCCAGAAUCGACAUCAUUAUGUAAGUAUAAUACAAGCCUUUGAACAAAAACUAUAGUACACUACAGCUCUAAACUGUAGCAAAGCGAGGGCGGGCCACUAGUGAUCUAAUAUUUAAACAGCCCCAAGUCGUGCUCGCUGCAAAUACUGUUGUUACGAUGUUACACAACAUGUAUAAAAUUCUUAUUAAAUUACAUGUUUGUUUUGAGAGUCAGAACAACAUUUUAUGUAAAUCGUCUUUGACACCCCAUCAUUGUUUACCCAGGUGUGGCAACUGAGUCAGUUUUCUACACUAAUAUAGAUAAACGGCGAUUGCAAGUGCUGCGUGAAAAUUGAAUAGAUGGUUAUAAAGGUCAUAUCCUAACUUACUAACUAAUAUUAGAAAUGCAAAAAUAGGAAACACCAUGUUCCAGCAGGAUUGAAGUGGCAGAUCGGUUGUUGCAUGAGAAAACAACAUAAUUUUUCAUUUUUGUGGGAGCUCUGAUUCGCGAUACGGAACGAUCCAAAAUAAUAGAGGUCGCGCGUGAACUACAUAGUUUUAUUUAACGCACAUGGUCGAGUGGCCACGUACUUUGGCGAAAGGGGUUCGCCCGCCUAUGCAAUUCUCCAAUGGUAUAUGCUCUAAGAAAUAAAACUGUAAGUAAUGAUAUUCAUUUGUAUGAAUUCCAAUGUAAAGAACAUUUAUGAAGUCUGUAUGCACUCAAUAUUCUUUGCCUUCCAAAAAGAAGAAGCUGGAGAAGAUUAAAAAAAAUAAAAAAAGAAAGGGUGCAUUCCGUAAUGUAAACCAGUAUACUGGCCAAUGCUAAUGACGUCACGAAUCCGACGCCAUAUUGUACUGGUAUGCUACCAUAUUUCUUCCGGGAAAAAAACGAAUAUGACUUAUGACCGAGCGUGCGUGAGAUGCAUUCGAAUUUUAUUUCUUUUUUAUUUAAAGAACAAUAAUGGCAUACGAACAAAACGAAUUCCUUUUAAUUGAUGAGGUGAAUAAAAAAUCUUCUUUAUUCGCACUAUUUUUAAUAUUUCGUCGUUUAUGACGUCAGUGUACUGGCCAAUAUAUUUCGAAACAAUUCACCAGUAUAGCGUCGAUUCAUGACGUCAUUAACACUGGCCAGUAUUCUGGUAUAUAUUACGGAAUGAACCCAAAAACUCUUGAGGCUUGCGGGUUUUUGCCUUUUUUUUUACUUGACAUCAUAUCUAACUAGUCUGUGCUGUGCUUGACAUUGGCUGAAAGCACAAACCGUGCAUGCCUUAAAAAAAGAAAAAUAAGAGGAGGCUCGCGGUUUUAAUUUGUUGUCAUUAAUUUUAUCUUCUAUUUUCCGGGAAAAUUAUGUUUGAAAAAAUACCAAAUAAAAGAAAACUGUAGCUGAAAAAAGAAGAGAAGCUGUGAGCUAAAAGAAAUGGAGGAAUACGAAGCGCUUGAAAUAUUGGAUCCAGACACCACUUGUACUUUAUGUUAUGCUGAAUUCCUGGACCCAGAAGACCUCUAUAUACACAUAAACCAGGUACAUUCCACGGAACAAGUGGGUUCUAUUGUAAAUUGCCAGUUUUGUGCUUAUUUUUGUAGCGAUAUUGAGUCUUAUGCGGUCCAUUUAAGAGAUGCUCAUUUAACUGAUUUGAAAUGCUGCAAAUAUUGCACCAGGGUUUUUGACGACUCCAGCGCACACAAGAGACACGAAAUCAAGCACUACAUAUAUGUGAACAAAUCUGCAUACUCAUGUUCGCACUGCAAAGACGUAUUCACAACAUUAAGUGAACUAAGAGACCAUGAUCGCUUAAAUCAUAGUGAUUCUGCAGAAGGCGCCUUACUAAAUGAAGUAUUCCCUGUCUUAUCGUCUCUUCUGAAUGCUAAUGCUAAGAAGUUUCUCCAGUCGUUGAAUGAUGUUGAUGUUUUAUAUGUAUGCUUGAAAUGCGACCACACAACACCAAAAAUAACUGAUUUUAUUGAACAUCUAAAAUUAAAAGGAUGUCGUUCUCUCUCUUGCGAUGGUUGUUCAUCAGUAUACAAGACCAAGAAAGGCUUGUAUAAACAUUACAAUGCGCAUCCUGAGUGUUUUAACGGUGUAAGCACAGUGAAACAAUGUUCAGAGUGCUUAAAAGAAUAUGACAUAAAAACUUUAAGAGAGCACAGUAGAACUUGUAAACCUAUCAAGUGUAAAAAAUGCAAUAUUGUUUUUAAUUCCAUGUACGAACUAACUAAACAUCAAACAGAGACACAUCCGGCGAUAGUGCUACUUCAACAAUGUCAAUAUUGCAAUAAAGAUUUUGCUGGACAAGCAGCAAUGGAGAAACACAUAGAAAGAGUACACAAGAGCAAUCUCCACCUUUAUAAAUAUAGAUGUGUCUACUGUGAUGUUGUAUUUAAACAUCCAAAAAAAUUAUUUGGUCACUUCUUUUCCACACAUAAGGAUUUAGAACCUUACACUUGUAAAAUAUGUGACAAGAAGUUUAGGAUUCGGAGGAAUUUCACUCUUCACAUCAAACUAGAUCAUAAAAGUAUAGGUUAUGUUGAAUUUGAUGACAAAUAUCACGUUUACUUCAGUGAAACAAAAUCAGAACGGCCUGUUAAACAGUCAACCGAAACUGGUGGGGAACAGAAUAAAAUAAAAGAUGGUACUGCCUUGAAUAAGAAAUCUGGAGAAUUGGAAGAAACUGAGCAAAAUAAUGAAAUUGAUUCGAAGCAACAAUCAAGUCAGUCGAGUAAUCGAGUUCGUUUUAAUGUUGAAGAUAAUGAGAAAAAUAUAAGUUUUCCAGAUAUCAAUUCAGAUUUCAUGAGUGCGACAGAGACGGAAGGUAAUCAAACUGAGGGAGACAUAGAAAAGAGUACAUCAUUAAAAAGGAAACUUAAAACUAAAAAAAAUAUUAACAAAAGACGAUGGCCACAAACUCUAGAUGAAAUUGUUAUAACAGAUUCCUCUUCAGAUGAAGAUGAAUCUCUUUUGGUAUUAAAAAAGAGAGUAGCAAAACAACAUAAAACCAGAUUAGCAAAAGCAAAGAGAGCAAUGAACAAUGCGUUGUCAUCACAAGUAAUUAAAAAAAGUGGUAAGAAAAAUAAGUUGGUAUGUGAUGUUUGCAAAAAACCCUGUUACACAUAUCAAAAUUACAAUAAUCAUAUAGCUUCACAUAGAAAGAAUGCCACUGUUAAGUGUGUCAAAUGUUCAGAAACAUUCAAAACAAGGAAGGCACUAAACGAUCAUUACUCUAAAGAGCAUUCUAGCUCACAGUUGACGGAAACUUUAAAGAAUCUCUUGGAAAAACGAAAGAGUCUUGCAUCUACAAAAGCAGUAUUAUCUGUUAAAAAUGAGAAGUUUAAGCUGACUAUCAAAAAAGUUUGCACACAAAGCGACUCUGUACCUGCAACUGUAGUAGCUGUCGGGGACACCCCUCUAUCGGUCCGAAAGUUCAUAGAAAGCUUUGUGCCAGAAACAGACGCUCCGAAGAAAGAUAUCAAUAUUGAUACAAAUAUAACAAUCAAAAAAGUCUACGGAAGUCGAUGGUCUGUACCUAAGAUUAAGAUGACAAAAUGUAAUUUGGAUCAUCAGCAUUUUCAAAAUGGAACAAAACUAGCAAUGCCUGUGCCAUUCAAAAAGACCCAAAACGAACAACACAAGGUUACAGUAAAAGCUGUAGAAACACCAAUCUGCGAGUCCCCAGAACACACUUCUACUGUGUCGGUCCAUCAAGAUUAUCCAGACCAAGAUGAUUAUCAUGAAGAUGACAAUGACGAGCAGACGAUACCGGAGGUGGCUCAAGAAGUCAUGUUAGAAGGAUCUGAAGAUCCCACACCUAAAACUAUUUAUAUACCACACAAGGUCGUGAUUCCCAAACUCGCACCUCAGUGUAAGAAGAUACACAUCGCACAUUUACAGCCAGAGGCACCUUACUAUAAGAUAGUGAAAGUUGAAGAUGCAUUAAACCCCAAGAAGAAACCGGAAGCGGUUUCGGUGCCAAAGAAGGAUAUAAAGCUACCUGAUGGAACGACUUUAGUUAGCGUGAAUCCAUUGGCUCACCUAUUAGGCGAUACACCAGUCGAGAAGAUCAUUGAAAGCACGAAGAAUAAGCAUUACACGCCUAAACCGAAAGACUUCGCGUCUGCCGUAGCUAAAGCGAUGUUGAAAUUGGCCAAAACCAGUGAAGCGUCUGCCCCGAAACGUAGAAGGAAAGCUAAAGAAUCAAAAUAACCUAGAUAUGGGUGUAAAAUUUAUGAUAGAUUUGUCGAGAUAAAUAAGAAGUUUUCCAAAGACUUUAAAUUGUCUUCAUUAUUGAAAAUUCUACAAAAAUGUUCAUGAUGUCAUCUAUAUAUAUUUUACUUGACUAUUGUUUUUUUCGUUUAAAUAUACAGAAGCAUAAGUUACAAUCUAUUAUAAUUAUAUGAAUACAAUGUUUUUUUAUUAUUAUUUUGUACAUAAAUACUAUCUCACUCAAAUGCUUUUAAAUAAUGAUUACAUUGUACAUCAUUAAAGCUUUCUGUCAUCAGCUGGUCAAAUGCUUAAUUCUUUCGCAUUUCGUUAAAAUUUAGGGUAAAAAUGAAUCAGGAUUUUUUUCUACUGUAUGUUGGUCUCGCUCUUAUAUUAUGGUUAUUUUUAUUUAAAUUUUAAAUUAUUUAACGACUAUUUCCAGUAAUCGAUAUGCAUAGCUGGGCACCGAUAAUCAAAUAGUUAACUUCGUUAAUCGUUAAUCCGUUACUAAAAAAAUUAACGUCGUUAAACGUUAAGGCACUUUGCAGACGACGGGGCGGGGCGGGCCGGUCAAUUUCGCCACGAAUAAUAGCACAAAGUGAAUCCUAUACUUCAAACGCACACAGAGGGCAAAACGACCGCGCCGCAGGUGCCCGGCGGGUAGUGGCGGCGCGGCAUGUCCGCGGCUGCCCGCCGUGGAUCAUACAAACCAGUUUAUAUGCAGUAAGGCCGUAUACAGAAAGAAAGCCGAAAG